AUGGCCACAGCAUAUACGUUCUUUCGGCCAUUGUCGUCGCCGGGAGGGGAUCAGCUGCGACGGCCGGCUCGCUGCUCGUCAGCGCCCCAUCGGCGGUCGGCCAACUACUCUCCGAACUCCUGGGACUACGACUUCCUUCUACUGUCUCUCAACAACUUUGACAAGUUGAAGGCCGGCGUGAGGGAACGGCUGGUGACGGUGGGAAGAGGUGACGACCAGCCUGCAAUGCUCAGACUCAUCGACACAAUGCAACGGCUCGGUAUCGCCUACCACUUCGAUGACGAGAUCGUUGGUAUCCUCACCUCGAUCCAUGGUACCAAACCUCACCCGUGCAGCUGGGAGGAUGAUGGUGAUGUGGCUUCCGCGGCCUUGAGGUUCAGGUUACUCAGGGAAAUUUUUAUCCCAGUGUCCGCUGCAGAAUCUCUGAAAACUCUCGCAAAGAAUUACCUCACACGCGCACUCCAGAGGGAUGAUAUCAAGGGACUACUCUCACUCUAUGAGGCAUCAUACCUGGCAUUCAGAGAUGAUGAAACAUUGGAUGAAGCAAGAACAUUUUGUGCCAAUGGUCUCAAAGAGCUACUGCCAUCGUUGGAUCCCCACAUGCAGAGUAGUGUGGUUCAUACUUUGGACAUUCCCUUGCAUCGGAGGUCUCCUAGACUAGAAGCAAGAUGGUUCAUAGAACACUAUGCUAGUGAUGUGAGUAACCCGUUGCUUCUCCGAUUUGCUAUGAGAGACUUCGAGAGGGUGCGAACAGUGCAUCAACAAGAACUUCAGAGACUUUUGAGAUGGAGGACGGAGAGUGGACUUGGUGAUGAGAAGUUUGGGUUUGCAAGAGAUCGUCUCAUAGAGUGCUUCCAUUGUGCAAAUGGAAUUGUCUGGGAUCCAAACCAUGGAUCAUGCCGGGAAGUGCUUUCCAAAGUUAUUCAUUUAGCCGCACACUUGGAUGACAUAUAUGAUGUGUAUGGAACCCUAGAUGAACUCAUCCACUUCACCGAGGCAAUUGGAAGGUGGGAACAAAGUCCUAGGGAAAUUCUUCCUGAAUAUAUGCGAGCACUUUACUCUGUUAUGUAUAGCACAUCCAAUGAGGUGGCUGAAAAUGUCUUGAAAAAACAUGGCAUCAAUGUGUUUUCUUUUCUUGGGGAUGCGUGGCAUGGCAUGGCGAAAUCCUUCUUGGUGGAGGCAAAGUGGCACCAUGGAAAUCACAUACCAACCCUAACGGACUACUUGGACAAUGGGUCGGUUUCGUGUACAGCACCACUAUUGUUGCAACAUGCAUUUCCCAUGCUCAACAUGGAGGCCACACCAAAGUUUCUUGAUAUAGCCCGAAGCUACCCAAGAUUAAUUCAAUCUACAUCACUGGUUUUGCGGCUAUGCAAUGAUUCCGCGACACACUCUGCUGAGCUUGAGAGAGGGGACACACCAUCUUCCAUAGCUAUCCACAUGUAUGAGAACAACACCAGUGAGAGAGAGUCUCGGAAAGCCAUGGAAGACCUUACGAUGGAUGCUUGGAAGUCAAUUAAUGAAGAAGCUUUCUUACAUUGCCGAUUUUCUAGAAGUCUCACCAUGGCUUGCGUUAAUAUGGCUCGAACCUCACAUUGUGUUUACCAAGGCGGGGAUGGUUUUGGGGCACCGGAUGGUAAAAUAAAGGAGCAAAUCACAGAGUUGUUCUUGGAGACUUAUAGGACCGACAAAAAAGAAUGA